AUUAAGGAAAUCGAGUUUUGCAUUGGAUGAACGUGUCAUUACGUCAAGUUGGAAGAAUACGAGUCAUCUUCAUCAUCAGGGUUUAGGAGGAGGAUUAGGUCAAGGUGAGUAAGAAGACGGUUAAUCCGAAAAAAAGAGGGCUCAUAUGGGCGAUAUAAAAGAUGCUGGGUGAUCGUUGUUUAGCUAACAAAUUUAUAAUAUAGACAACGACAGCAAAGACGUUGAUAGCCACGAUGCAACAUUAUCGGAUCGCGAUAAUACCGAUGAUGAUCACGAGGAUGAUGGGAGCGAUGAUGGGCUUUUUGAUCUGGAUGAAGAAAUUGAUAAUGAGGAGGAGAAUGAGGAUAUUACACAAGAAUCAUCAAAUGGUGGUGAUAAGCAUCAUCAGCAGCAAGCCACUGAGAGCAACAAUCAUAAUAAUACCCAUACUACUGCUACUGCUACUUCUAGUAUGAGUGCAAGUUACCAAGGAUCCUCGUUUGACUGGUCCAAAAAGCGGAAAUCCAAUACCAAGUAUUUAACAACCUAUGAAGAAGAUGACGAUGAGGAACCAGAAAGUCGGACAAGACGACUCCAAGAUCGUGGCAAUGGUAAGAGCGCUAUCUUUUAUUUGUAUUAUUGUAAACCCCUACAAAAACCACGUGUGGGAUUAUUAAACUUUUUCUUUUUGUUGGAAGCAGAUACGCUAUCAACAUCCGUUUCAGCCUACGCCACAUCCAUGCCGAUUGCCAUCAGCCAUAAUAACGAUAGUAGUUUCAGCGACGCCAUGAAAACCAUGGCCAACAACGAAAAAAGCAAAGCGGUCAAUCCAGCGGAUCAAGAUCCUACGAUCAAUAAUAGUAGUGCGACAGCAACAUCAUCCAGUAUGCAAAAGAAUGAUGCGCAACAGAACAACAAGGAAUACACCAUUCCUACAGGAUCCUCUUUGGUAUCAAGAACACAGGCAUAUGAUCAAUUUUCGCUUGCUGAUCAAGAAGCCUCGAAACUGUUUCCAACAGCCUAUCUAGAACGACGACGCAAAUCGGUUGCGGCGACAGGCGCUACGCCUCGGCCUCAAUUGGAUAGUCUGAUAGGGCAAUCAUUGGAUACACGACAACGACGACGAUCACCUUCCAUCACGGCAACAGCAGCACGAAACAACCAUAGUAGUUAUAAUAAUAAUAAUAAUACCAGCAGUAGCAAUUCAUUUAUUGCAUCAACAACAACGGAUCAGUACUUAUCACGACAGCAGCAGCAGCAACAACAACACCAUGAAUCAAAUUCAGAUGAUGAGCAUCAAGUGGGACCGAUGGUGCCGCCUCAUAUUUUGGCGGCUAGUACCUACACGGACGAAACCGAGGAAUUGUUUGGGGCUGUACCUCGUAGUAAUACCUGGCGCAAAACAUAUGAUUAAGCGGACAGUUUUCCAUAUAUAAAUGCAAUAAACACACAUGUAAAGACGCGGGAAGACGAGGACUGUCACUCUGUAAAAGAAUAUAUUUACUACUACUAAUACAUCCUUACAAAAACCCAAGGUUAUCUUCUUCUAAUUCUUUU